AUGGCCCAGCUACGAGCGGUGACCACCGCCAGUGGCGACGACCACACCACGCUGAAACAGGUCGACGUCAUCGACAAGCGGCUGAUGAGCUACGUCGUCCGCCUGGGCGUCGCCGGUGGCAUCGCGGGGCUGGCGGCGAAGACGCUUAUCGCGCCGUUCGACCGCAUCAAGAUCUUGUUCCAGACGCUGAACCCGGACUUCGUCCAGUACCGGGGGUCGCUCAAGGGGUUCUUCCAGGCCGCCCGCGCCAUCUGGCGCACCGACGGCGUCACGGGCUUGUUCCAGGGCCACCUGGUGACCCUUCUUCGCAUCUUCCCUUACGCCGCCAUCAAGUUCGUCGCCUACGAACAAAUACGGGCGUUAUUGAUCCCCUCCGACCAGUACGAGACCGCCGUGAGACGGUUUAUGGCAGGAUCCCUCCUGGGGUUGGCGCUGGUGUGCUGUACUUAUCCCUUAGACUUGAUCCGGGUGCGCAUGGCGUUCGACACCCGCCACUUCGUCCACACCCGCCAGCACGGGCGCUUGCGGUACACGGUGCUGCUGAUCUACAACGAGCUGCCGCCGCUGCGGCCGUCGGACCCCAAGUGGGUGCGGUUCAUGCGGCGGGUGAUGCCCCACCACGUCCUCCACAUCCUGAACUUCUACCGCGGGUUCUACCCCACCAUCCUCGGCAUGAUCCCCUACGCAGGGGUGUCCUUCUAUACCCACGACGCCAUCCACGACGUGUUCCGCUUGCCGUGGUUCCGCGAAUGGACGGUGCAGCAGCCGUCGCAACUGCUAAAGAACCGCCGCGAUAAAGCCACCAAAGCGGGUAAAGUCCAGAGCACCCGUGACUUACGGGCGCCGUUGACUGCCCCAGCUCAGCUUAUCGCCGGUGGCUUGGCAGGAAUGUGCUCCCAGACGCUGGCGUACCCGUUUGAAGUGAUUCGACGGAGAAUGCAAGUCGGCGGGAUUAUGAACAAAGGGGAGUUCCUCCUGUUCAAAGACACCACCAAGCUCAUCUGGAAGGAGCUGGGGAUCCGUGGUUUCUUCGUCGGGUUGCUGAUUGGCUACAUGAAGGUGAUCCCGAUGGUGCUGUGUCUGUUCUUCGUCUACGAGCGCACCAAGGCAUGGCUCCUCAAGUAG